AUGUCCAACACUACUACCCAGAAGAACGAUGCCACUGAGCAACCACAGCCACCAAAGAAGCCCCAAGUCUUAGAGGAAGACGAUGAGUUUGAGGAUUUCCCCGUUGAAGGUAUCAAGCAGAUACUCAAGUGCUUCCCUAGACCAAUGAAGCUGACCGUGGAACAUCUAGACUGGCCCCAGGAAGAAGCUGAGCAGACAUCUGGCUCCACGGCAAAUGGCGGUAGCGAGCACCUGUGGGAAGAGAGCUGGGAUGACGAUGAUGCCGCAGAGGACUUCUCAAAGCAGCUCCAGUAA